CCAUGUCUGAGGCGUGAGAUAGCAGUUUCAAUUUUCCUUUCAUUUGAGUAUGAGCUUGGCUUUUGUUGGACCUUGGGUUGAAUUUUGUAUAGCCAUCUGCCGAUCUUACUUGCGUCCCAUUGGGUUUGCCAUCUUUUUGCUAUGUGGCGUGUGUAAUGGUAGCACAUAUAUAGUACUGAACAACAAUGGAAAGACAAUGACUUCUGGGGAUGACACAGCUUAGGGGAUGAACAAUUAAGGCUAUAAAUGCCAUACUAUAAAUAACACUAAUGAACGGGAAGUGAUAUAGCAGCCCAGGUUGGCUGUCAGUCAAUAUACAAUGAAAUGUUGGUGAGGAUUAACAACGGGGAUUAGCGUCUAAAACGUAAUGACAAUUAAGUUAUGGAGACAUGGUUACAGGGUAAUUUGCCUUUGGAGUCAAAUGUACUUCAGUCAAUGGAAGUCGUAAAUCAGUCGCUAUGACAAGAUUAACAUUUUCCUUCUCUUUUCCUACUUUUUCUCAUUCACUCAUCCAUUUUAUCAUUCACCCGGUACCUAUCUAAUUCCAUUUAAGUCCAUACCUUUACCAAAUUGAUGAAAACAAAGAGCAUUUGGAUUGUUAUAUUUGUACACAACAUGUUUUUCUUUGCUUCAGAUAACGUCUGACAGUGGUACGGAACUAGCUCUCCAAAACGGGAUAUGAGUGCCCCCGGCGGACUCCCGAGGGAGGGGUUCUCCAGCAUGAAACUCCCCUCCCUCAUCAAACAACUAAAAGUGGUCCUGGACCAAUACCCUGAUGAUGGACAGAUCCUUAAGGAACUGAUACAGAAUGCCGAGGAUGCGGAUGCCACGGAAGUGAAGAUUCUGUAUGAUGGGCGUCCCUUCAGUCCCCCGUCAGUUGAUGGCUUCCCACAUCUUCGGACCCUCAAGGGUCCUGGCUUAUGUGUGUACAAUGAUGGUGUAUUCACUGAUGAAGACUGGGAUGGCAUAAGGAUGCUACAGAGUAGUAUCAAGGAACAGGAGCCUCUUAAAGUUGGUCGCUUUGGACUGGGAUUCAAGUCAGUCUUUCAUCUGACAGAUGUGCCUUUGAUCGUAUCUGGUCACAACAUCCUUUUACUAGAUCCGUACAUGUGGGAAGAUGACCCAAAGAUGGUGUGCUAUAUGAGCAGACUGGACAGGAUUGAAUUUUCCAAAGAUUUGUUGCUUCGAGUUCUGGAUGGUAUAUUUGGGUUUUCAGCCCAAACACUCAAGGAUGGAUUCUUCAAAGGCACUCUAUUUUGGUUUCCCCUCCGAGGAGAAGUGACAGAAUUGUCAGACAUUAUUUAUGAUGAUAAUAAAAUACAAGAUCUCUUCAGUGCAUUCCAAGCUGAGGCCCCUCAUAUGCUGCUCUUCCUGAAGUCAUUGUCAAGGAUUCAGGUUUGUCAGAAAGGUGCAAGUCUCUUUGGAAAGCAAGUUCCAGAAAACAGUUGUGAGACUCUUUUCACUGUUGACACGAGUAGCUAUGUAGGAGACACUGUAAAUAUUAGAAAAGAAUUUGUAGAAUCCAUAAAGGAACUAAAGGGAGGGUUACCAAAAUCGCCAAUUGAGAAGAUAUACUACAUGAAAGUAGAAACAUGUGACUUUAUGUCAACACACCAGAACUGUAACAACAGCAUAUGGCUCGUGAUUCAGCACUUUCAAGAUGGAAAAAUUUCAAAAUCAUUCAAGAAACUGUGCUUUGACAAAACCAUUGCAUCAUGCCCGUGUGUUGGCUUAGCUUUCGCCCUUGAACAGGAGCAAACCGGGCAUAUAUUUUGUUUUCUGCCCUUGCCACUUGAGGCGCAGAGUCCCACAGGCCUACCUAUUCACGUCCAUGGUCAUUUUGCACUGAGUCAGAACCGUAGACAUAUCAAGUGGCCAACAGCAGAUCAAACGAAGAACAAAUCCCAGAUGGAUAAAGCGAUACGAUGGAACCAGUGUUUACUCCUCGAGGUGUUCCCUCAAACAUAUGUCAGUCUCAUACAAGAGUUGAUCAUGUAUUGGCAAAAGGAAGGAAGAGAUGAGACUUGUGUAGAGAAGAUAUACCGUGCGCUGCCUGAUAAAUCACAAAUACGUGAAAACUGGAAAGGACUUUGUGAAGCAUUUUACAAGUUAAUGUUCAGAGAACGAAGCCUCUACACCCCAAAUGAUGGAGGCAAGUGGAUAAAUGCUGAAAAUGGAAUCCUCUUUGUACCUUCGAAAGUGUCGUCUGAAAUCCAAGAAACAGUUGUUGUUACCUACAAAAUGAGUCAGGAAAACAUUGUUGUAGUCCCACCUCAUUUGCAUGAGGCAUUGCAAUCCUACUACCCAGAUCUAGAUCAACUGAAAUUUGUGACACCAGAUGGACUUUCAAAAACCCUUCAGUCCAAGAACCUUUAUCCAGGAAUAACAGACCAACAGAAGCUGCAUCUGCUUGAGUUCAUAUGUGCAGAGGACAGCUUUCAGUGUCUUCGUGGGGUGAGACUUCUCCCUCUUGCAGAUGGAUCCUUCACGACAUUUGGGGAAGCAGACCCUGUAUUUGUGUGCGAGGAUGAAGAUGAUAUAAACAUGUUUCCAGGCCUGAGACAUAGAUUUGUUCUUCGUGACAGUACUACUGGACACUAUCUUCAAGAUAUGGCAAAAAAAGGAAUGUUCAACAUUCAAAGAUUGUCAUCUGAGCCCUUUGCACGUCUUCUUAAAGAGUGCAUGGAGGUGCAGUUUCCUUCAGGGGUUGCAACUGUGACAUCUGAUUCUCAAUUUAGUCCAGAAUGGCUUGACUCUGUAUGGCAGUACAUCACAAAACAUGACAUAGAUGUCAAAGACAAAUUUCCAGAUGAUUUACUUAUCCCUGGGGAAGCCACUGCUGAUGGAACAAUGCCUCUUUAUCCUGUAUCUUCAAGUUUCAUUUGCAUGAAUGUGAAGACUGUUGGUGAUUUGGAUCAAAGACUAGGUUUGGCUUUGGAACACCUUGGUAUCAUCCCGCUAUCAAAGAUACCUGAUGCUCUCAAGAGAAACGCCUCCAUUAUAGGAGAUGUUAUCAAAUAUCCAUCCUUUGAAGGUGUCAUCAGUGUCCUUGAAGAUGUUGCACAGAAGGAUACACUUUUGGAGAAGGUAUCUAAUUUUAACAACAUUGCAAAAGAUGAGGAAAAACGGUCUUUGGCUGAGUUUCUUUGUGAAUGUAAAUGUCUGAGCAGUUCAGCCAAAGACGUACUGCAGAAGCUGGAACUAUUUGCAAACACAGACAACUUGGACAUGGAUACAACCAUUGAACAGAUUAAUCUUCUGGAGCCAGCAGACCAACUGGUUGUGCCCUAUCCAGAAGUUUAUUUACGGUGCAUUCCAGCCACUACUGCUGCCCUAUCUCAACUACUUGAUGCAAGACAAGUGACUCGAGAUGAAGUUACACUCAACAUUCUGAUAUUAAUGGCAAAUGGAGACAAUAAAUACAACAGGAAUGAUGUUAAAGUAUUUAUGCUACACCUUCUGAAAGAAUGUCAUUUCUUCACAAAUCAAGCCAUACUAAAGCUAGCUAAAAGAAUACAAUUCCUUACUACAGAUGAAAUGAGUGAGCAGUUUAGGGUUUGUGAUCUAUUUGAGCCACAGCCAGAACUCUGCAAGUUGUUUGAAAGAGAAGAUAAAUUUCCUGCUGCUGAAUUCAUGGAUUCAUCUUUAUUACAGGGACUGAAAAUGCUUGGACUAAAAACAGUGACAGAUGUCACAGAUGAACAUCUUUGCCGUACUGGUGCAGUCAUAGAAAGCCUUCUUGGGACAAAUGAGUUUGAAGUUGCUGCUAGGAAAGGCAAAGCUUUAUUUGCUUUUCUGAAGGCACGUCUUGCAAAACCUUAUAAAAAUUCUUUGAAAAGCCUACUACAAGUAAGAUUUGUUCCACGUCUAGUAAGGAGAACAACAGGUUAUCCAGUCACAUUGAGGUUGUUUGGAGAAGAAAAUAGCUGCUUGCUUGAACGACUUGGGAAUGUGUGGAAUGAGAAACAUCUGAAUGUUAUAGGAUCAGUUUCCCCAGUUGCAAAUCUUCCAAAAGAAAUCAUCAGUGCAUUUCAAUUGGUAUCUGAACCACCACUUCAUCAAGUGUUGGAGCAUAUGGACCUAACAAUUGCAUCAUAUCAGCCCCAACAGGAUACAGAACACAAGUACAUGGAAGUAAUGAAAGACCUGUACAGGUAUCUUUCAAAGCAAAAUGUUUCCUUGAUGACAAAAGCAUGCAAGGAAAGACUUCGCAAAAUGAAGUUUAUUUGGAUCAAUUCAGAAUUUCAUUUUGCCAGUCAAAUUUGGACCAUGAAAUCACAACGGAAGGACAUUGAGCUCAAACCUUACAGAUUUUGUUUGCCAAAGUUUUGGAUUGGUAUUGCAGACAUUGUAGAAGCUGUAGGUGGGCAGAAACAACAAAGUCCUGAAAUGUUGGUUUCUGUUCUCAAGGAGAUUCAGCAUAAACACCUUCAAGCCAGAAUGGAUAAUUCAGAUGAUAUGCAAGAAGAUCUCCAAAUCAUUUUUCACAUUAUUAACAUGUUGAAAUCAUACAAAUUCCAUUCAAAUGAAAUUAGUUUGCCAAUUCACCAAGAUGAAUACUCCAAGUCCCUUGUUUUGAAAUCUGCUGCAGACUGUACCUUUUGCAAUGCUGAAUGGCUUCUGGAACAGACAACAGAUGGUGAAGAGGAAGAGAAGCUCUACUUUGUACACAGUGAUAUAUCUGAAGAGACAGCAAGGUAUUUUGGAGCAUCUCUCUUGACUGAGAGGGUUAUGGAGGGGACAGAGGCCUUUGAUCUUAACUGUGGCCAGCAUGAGUCAUUAACCAAACGGUUAAAUGGGAUCCUUAGAGGAUAUACAGAUGGAUUUUCAGUACCAAAAGAGAUAAUACAAAAUGCAGAAGAUGCCAAAGCAACCAAAGUGAUGUUCCUCUAUGAUGAGAGACACAAUAGUAGUGCUAGAACAUCUUUGAUGAAUAAAGGAAUGGAAUCCCUUCAAGGUCCUGCCUUGUGGUCAUACAAUGAUGCACAAUUUACGGAGGAUGAUUUUCUAAACAUUCAGGAUCUUGGUGGUGCUACGAAAGAAGAUGAUGCAACAAAGCUUGGUCGUUUUGGACUUGGUUUCAAUUCUGUGUAUAACUUGACAGAUGUCCCAAGCUUCAUCAGUGGAAACACUGUAGUUAUAUUUGAUCCACAUCGGACCUAUCUGGGCAGACCAGGACUGAAAGCAGAUCUAUCCUCCGUCAAAAAUAAGAGAAUGCUGCAGACGAUGCGAGGCCAAUUUCAGCCAUUUGAUGGAGUGUUUGGCUGUGACAUAGGACAGAAAGCCAAGGGGGAUAUUUGCAAAGGGACAUUGUUUCGAUUUCCUCUGCGAACAGCAGAACAGGCAGAAAAAAGUGAAAUAAAACAUCUUCAUUACUCAAAAUCAGAGAUGAAAACAUUCCUGGAGAUUUUGGUCAAAGGUGCUGGAAAUCUAUUAUUGUACACACAAAAUGUAAAGUUAAUGGAAGUAUAUUACCUACCAAAUGGAGCCUCUGUUGACAAGUGUGAACUUUUGUUUUCAGUCCAAAAGAAAACAGAUGAUCAGUUUUCUGUGUUUAACCAGGCAAAAGUACCGCACAAUCCUCAAAUUAACACCCUCAGUCACUUCUCAAAACAGUGCAACAUGGAUUCAAGGGAAGACUAUUUAAUAGAAAGGGUGAAUGUUUCUGUCAAAACAACCACAGAAUUUUCAAACUCUUUUGGCAUUAAAGUCCAUCAGGACAAUACAAACUGGCAGAUAACAUGGUCCAUGGGAAAAACAGUUCCAGGACAAUUUGCCACAAUAAAAGGCCUACUCCCUUUAGCUUCAACUGCUGUUCCACUAAGCACAAGUGGUGACAUAAUUCAAAUGAGCUCACUUCGUGAAUGUCAGAGCUUUUUCUGUGUCGGACACUUAUACUGCUUUCUUCCUUUGCCCCUCCCAUCUACACAAUUCGCCAUGCACAUCAAUGCACAGUUUGCGCUGACAGAAGACAGGAGGCGACUGUGUGAAAAAACAGAGGACGACAAAACAUCAAUUCCUGGUUCCUGGAACAAACACUUAGAAACUGAGGUUAUCAGUCGAACAAUAAUCUGCACUCUGACAGGACUCGAGAAUCUUACUCAGAAUGAUGUUGAGGCCUAUUACAACUUGUGGCCUGGUGUCAUGUUGAACAAGGAUGUAGAUGUCAAAAAUUCACUUGAGAAACCAGCCAUUGUGACAAGUUUCUAUAAGGUGAUUACUGAAGAGGAAUACAAAGUCUUUCUGCAAGGUGAUCCAGUGAAUUAUGUAGCAUUCAAGAACUCCAUAUUUUUGUCCCCAUCUUUAGCAUACAAUGAGUUUAUUGGAAAAACUGCUGUCGGGGUACUUCAAAGAUUCUGGGAAAAGGAUACAGUUAUUGACCUACCUGAAAGAAUUUACCAAAAUUUCAUAUCAGCUGGUCUUACAGAAACCUUCAACAGUCGUGUUGUCAGUACUGAAGAUUUCUACAAGGAGGUUUUCUUACCAAAUAUUGAACUGGUAAAUUCUUCAGAUCGUCAGUCACUGACAUUGUAUGCUGUCAAACUAUGCGUUCCAAAUAUUGAUGCUUUGUUGAAGAUGUAUGAAUGCAUUCCUUCAAAACCAAAUGGAAAACUAAGAAAGCCCAAGGAGCUAGUCCAUCCAAGAGGAAAGGUUUCCCAACUAUUUACUGAAUCUGAAGAGAUUUUUCCAAGUGAGGCAUUUGAAAGGCAUGAAAUCCUGAAGCAGUUAUGUUGCCUGGGUAUGGUAGAAAAUGAUCUUCCGUGGGAAGCAAUAAUAGGAAGGAUAGAAACAGUACAAGACCUGAGUCUCGAGGAUAAUACUCGAGCCGAGAAGAGGUGUCUCAACAUUCUACAAUAUAUCAAUGAGUAUGACAGCAGCACCCGUGGGAGGCGAUUCCAUAAAUGUGGAGAGGAUGCAAGACAGCAAAUAUCCACCAUGGCCUUUCUCCCAGUAUUGCAGAAAGCCAGAGAUUGGCCUUUCAAGUGGAAAGGUGAUACAGUUUCAGUAUUCUCAACACCUGUUCAGUUGUUCUUUCAUGAAGAAGCUGAUUUAGUUGGAUGUUGUAACCUUCUGCUUGACUCAUACAAACUGGAUGGAUUAUUUUCUUUAAAAGAAGUUCUAAUUUGGCUUGGUGUUCAAGACACAAAAUCUGUAACUGCAACAGUUGUUUGUGAACAAUUGCUCCACAUUUCAACACAAAUACUCAGGGGAGUUCAGCUGAGUAAGGAAUCAAUCAAAAUCUUAAACAACCUGUAUAAACACCUGGAUGCUUUGUGCAAGGAGGUUGACAGCACCUCUCCAGAGCAUGACAUUAUAGCAAAGCUUAAAGGCAAGCAAGUGAUACUUAAUGAUAAAAUGCUAGUGUUUCCUCAGCAAGUUGCAUUUCAUCUGGAGUAUGACCUACAUCCAUAUCUGUAUCAAAUUGAACCAACACAAAGAUUUAUAUACAAGCACUUCCUGCAGGUUAUUGGAAUCAAGGAACACUUUGAUGUGGAUUGUGUGAAAGAGCAAAUUGACAAGACGGCUGAAACAUACAAGGAUAUACCAAUGAGAAAGGAAGAUGUGACUUUAUAUGUCAACAUGGCUAACUUAUUAUACAAGUUGUCAGCGAAGGAAAACUGUGUCAACUCUGAAUUAUGGCAGAUGUUUUUACCAGACACUGAAAACUCCCUGAAGCCUGCAACUGAUCUUUGUCUUGACGACUGUAGUCGCCUGAAGAAAGAUUCGGGAAUACAAAUUGUUCAUCCCUCCAUAUCAAAAGAAGUAGCCCUACAUUUCAAAGUCAAGACACUGAUACAUGCCAGUGUUGAGAAAGUACUGUUACCGUGGUCAGCAACUUCAUUUGGCCAACGUGAGAAACUGACAACGAGACUGAAGGGAAUCCUUGAAGGAUAUCCAAGGGAUUCAUCAAUUAUGAAGGAACUUCUUCAAAAUGCAGAUGAUGCAGGAGCUACUGAGCUAAAAUUCAUCAAAGAUUUCAGAAACCAUCCUACUGAAAAUGUAUUUUCCGAUAAUUGGAAACCUUUACAGGGCCCUGCUUUGUGUGUUUGGAACAACAGUAGUUUUACAGAGAAAGACUUUGAGGGGAUUCAAUCUCUUGGCGUUGGAAGCAAAUCUGAUGAUGCCCUGAAGACAGGACAGUAUGGUGUAGGCUUUAAUGCUGUGUACCAUUUAACUGAUGUUCCAUCUUUUUUCACAGUUGGCCCAGAGACACCAGAAACAGUAUGUUUCUUAGAUCCUAAUCUGAAGUACAUUCCAUGGGCAACAUCUGAAGCCCCUGGUUGUAGAUUCCCUGCUGCUGAGCUGCAGUGCAAAUUUCAGGACAUAUUCAAAUGCUAUCUUACGGAUGUUAUAGACUUUGGAGAAUCAGGGACCCUGUUCCGUCUGCCACUGAGAACAAAUGAAAUGGUGUCUGAUAUAUCUGAUGAAGAAAUUCCAAUUGAAGGGAAAAUGGGCAUAGAACAACUGCUAAAGGAUUUCAGAAAUGAAAUGUCUGAGUCUCUGUUGUUUCUUCACAAUAUCAAGAACAUAUCAAUACAUUCAGUGAUGAAAGAUGGGAGACUUGUUGAAGAUUUUUCAGUUAGUGCGGAAAUAAGUGAACAACAUGCUGGCCUAAAAAACUAUGUAUCAGGUUUACGAACCUAUGUCAAACAUAAAGAGCAGGAUGUCACUAAGCAGACAAAGGUAGUACUGAAAGUGAAGAGCCUUGAAGGAAAACAAGAAAGGUGGCUGGUUGUUCAUAAGUGUGGCUUUGCUGAUAACACUAAAGUUCCUGAAAUUCUUAAAGAAUGCCAAAGAGAUGGCAAGAUUGGUAUGUUACCACGAGGUGGUGUAGCAAUACCACUGGAUGACAAUACAGUGCAAGGAAAAGCAUUUUGUAUGUUACCCCUCCGCAUCACCACAAAACUCCCCGUGCACAUAAACGGACAUUUUGCAUUAGAUCAUGAAGCUAGAGGGAACCUAUGGCAUGGUCCACAUCCUUUCCGCACACUUUGGAAUGAAGCCAUCAUCCAACAAGUCAUUGUUCCUGCUUAUGUAUCAGGUCUUGAAACUCUGAUAGGACCAGAACUGCUUGGUGCCCAGCAAGAUCCAGGUUAUUUUAGGUCUCAUGAACUGCUUAAACCCUUCAUCAACCUGUUUCCUGUGAUAGCAGGCACUUCAGAUGACUAUUGGAAAUUGUUAGCCACAUGCUUUUAUAGGCAUAUUGUACAGCAUUACACAGCUCUUUUUCCUGUUAUCAAACCACUAGAUGGCAAAUUUUCUGAAAAUUCAAGAUCACAAAAUCAAACAAGGCUUGUCAAAUUUGAUUGGGUUUCAGUUGCCUCGUCUACUGGAUUCCCAGGAUACUUUAACAAUAUCCCAGUUCCUGCAAAAAAGGUUGAUUCAACAGCCCAGCAUGUUAAAGUCCCAAAGCUUGUGGAAAUUCUCAAAGAUUUGGGGAUGAAGAUAAUAGAUAUGCCACUGUCCAUCUACCAUCAGUUUCAGGAGGCUGACUUGGAGGUUUCCUGUAUAUCAUCAGAUAGUGUGAUUGAAUUUUUGAAGUCAUUCACCAACAGCAAUGAGGAUAGAUGUCAACUUGCAAGUCUCCCUUUAGACAUCAAGUCAACUCCUCUGAAGGACACCCAUGCCUUGACUGUUUUGACAAAGUACUGCAAAGAGAGUUCAACUUUUCUUGAUUCAUUAGAUGGCCUACCUCUUCUUCUGACACAAGAUUCGAUUCUGAGAUGUUUCACUUCGCAGCUUCCAAUAAUUGUCACUGUAUUUACGGAGUUGAUCAAAGGAUCACCAGGAAUGGCAAUGCAUAGAUCAAUGGAACAGUUGUACUCUGGUUUUACAGAUAAAUCAGAUACACUUAGGAAACUUGACAUUCAAACACUGAGCACUCUUCUGUCAGACACAAUGGGUCAUAUAAUCAGCACUGUCCCAAUUCCAUGGGAAUGCAGUGGUAAACCAUCUCCUCAAUGGAUUCUUGAAAUCUGGGAUUUUCUUCACAGGGAAAUUGUUGCUUCAUCAAAAAUGACUCCUCAUAUAGAUAGUGUCAAAUCCAGCCUAUCCUCUUUGAGUCAAGUGUGCAUCCUACCUGCCAAAGUAACUGAGAAAUUUCAAACUGUGAUCUAUUUAUUUCCAAUUUGUGACUCUGACAAAAUUUUAGACCUUCUUGGCAUGACAAACAUGACCUAUAAAACAGCCUUUUCUAAACUAAGUGUACCCCAGCUUGAUUUUGGUGAGACUGCCUCCAAUAAUGAAGAAUGUGUGAAAUCAGCAAAGACAUUGGUUGCAAAUCUCCAAAGACCAGCUUCUACACUCAAGGCACUUGCACAACACACUCACAAACUUAUUGGCAUAAAGGAGGGUUCAGCUAAAAUAUUGCAGCAAUAUUUUUGCACCCAUCUAAAGGAUCUACAGACGCUUGAAAUACCAGUGGCCACAGAGCUACUAAGAUCUCUGCCCAUUUAUGAAGAUUUAUCUGGAUCCUGCCAACACAUGAAAAUGGCUAGAGUCUAUGCUGUCAUUGAGCAUGACAAUAUUCCACAAGAUGGAAUAGAGACAUGGUCACUUGGGCUCAAAACGUGCCUCCUGAAAUGUUCGGAUAGCAACAAAAACCUUUUUGAGUUUUUAAAGGUUCAAAUACUUUCUCCUGAAGAAUUAUAUGAAAAGAUUAUCCUUGAGAAAUUCAGCCAUCUCCCAAAACCCACUCAAGCUGUUCAUUUACAGUAUGUCAGAGACCAUUUGUUGAAAACAUCAUUUUUAUCAAAUUACAGCAGUGUGCAAAAAAACCUGAUUCAGUGUCUUAAACGGUUACACUUCAUUGAAGACAAAGAUGGAUCGUUGCACAGGGCCUGUGAAUAUUACUUGAAACGAGGGACACUAUUUGCAGAAUUCCUUUCAGAGGACAAAUUUCCACCACCACCAUAUGACAGUCCAGAAUGGGAAACCUUCCUAAAAGAGUCUGGAAUUGUAAUAAAGGUGUCAGAAAAGGAUUUUGAGAAGUUUGCUAGAUCAGUAGAGGACAUGAAUGUCACACCUAUCACAAGAGAUGUGGAGCACAAAUCAAAGCUGCUCACAAAGCACUUGUUUGAAAAACAAGAAGGGUUGAUGAAAGGAUUACUUCUCUCACGAGUUAAGAACAUCAAAUUCGUGAUGCCCUACAACAUGGAGAAGGAAUCAAAUGAGAAAGACAUGACAAAACGAAUCCUUCCCCAGUUUCAACAAGGGAAACUGAUAACAUAUGGUGAUUCUGUGUCUUCAAAGCACUGUCACUAUAUAUGGACAAGUUGUGCCAUGUUUCCCCACUAUGCAGAUCCUGAUUAUUACAAGAAUGGACAUUCACGAAAGGACAGAGAGAAAAUGGCAUUGCUGCUCGGGAUAAAGAAGGAACCCUCCAUUGAAUCAGUGGUUCAGCAUAUAGUGAAUAUAAGUACAUCACUUGAACAACGACAACAAACACGUCCACAUAGGGGUUCUGAUCUCGUGGUCAUACUGACUAUGGUUCUCAAAUCAAUUUACACGUUUCUUCAAGAUAACACUUCAAAUUUGACUGAGAAAUUGAAGAAACAACUAAAGGCUGCUUUUGUUGUAUUUUUACCUCAAGAAGGAUUAUUUGUACGGCCAUCACAAGUUGUGCUAGAAGUAUCAGGGACAGACACAAUGCAAGGUAUAUAUAAAGCGCCAGUGGAGUUUGGUCCAUACUUCAAGCUGUUUUCCCUGCUUGGUGCAGCACCAGAAGUGACAACUAAUCACUAUGCUGAGGUUCUACAGGUUCUUGCACAGACAACUGCGGAUGGUAAACUGGAACCAAAUGAACUUAAGAUCGUCCAGAAGGCAACAGACAUGCUCUUCAAGUGUUUACAGAAGGAAGAAAAGGAUAACAACAUCGCUCUAACAGUUCAAUACUUAUUCCUCUUGGACAGAGACGGCAAACUGUCCAAGUCAACAAGUUUGGUCAUUGCUGAUAAUGAAUCACUGGAGAACAGAGUAAAGACUUUGAAUUUCAGAUACUUUGUUGGUUUCAAAAGAUUGGAGAUUUCUAAAACAAAUGAAGUUGAUGUAUUUGAACAGUUGCCAGAAAUAUAUAGACCUAAGAUUCUUGAUCAGAUGACAAAUGAGGUCAUGUGUGAAACCAGUCAUAACAAAGCCACUGAAGGUUCAGUCUCGAGUGAAUACAGUCAAAAAAUCACAAAUCCAGAGUUUGUGAUUGGCCUCAUAAGACUUAUAAACGAUAGCCGGCGUUUGGGGAGAGUAGAAAAGCUUACAGAAACAGAACUGAAAAACAUUGAGAUGAAAUUAGCGAAUAUGAGCAUUAAGCAAAUCACAGGUCUGAAAACUGUAUUGAUUCAUGGUGGCCUGGUAGUUGAAGGGAGUGACAGAGAGCAAUCAUGUUUUCUUGAUUAUGAAGACGAAAACAAAGUAACUGUUUACAUCAACACCAGAAAACUGAAUCAAGUGCUUCUUCAUAGUAAACUGGCCACAGCAAUUAACAAGCUAACAGGGGGAUACAUCACAAGUGGCCUAUAUUCACUGGUUGAUAUGCUUGCAUGUGAUCCAGGAAAGAUUCAAGCCUAUCUAGAUGGAAUGAGUGUCCAGCCCACAAGUUACAUAUGCAGCUAUAUAAAAGACUCUGUAUUUCCACCACCCGGAACAAGGAUUCCAGAGGAGUUCCACUGGAUGCUUGAUAAUAGCUUUACUAGGUUUGAUGUGGAGGAAUAUGUUGGAAUGGAAAUAUAUGACCCACUCACAGAUGAUAGAAUAGGGCAAGAAGGAUCAGACUUGCCAAAUCCAGACUCAGGUCCAGUUUAUAUCUAUGCCAAGGUGAAACAAAUCCUGACAAGUGAAACUUUGCCAAUUCUUGAUAGAUAUGCCGUUGACGUAGGAGAAGAGGGGAUACAAGAAGUAUCUGCCUUGGAUCUUUUCAAGUUUCAGCGUCAGAAACGAUCUCAGUGUAGAGAGAUUGUGCUCUCUAAUAGGUCACAGCAUGAUGAGGGAAAUACACCUGGACCUGAGACUGAGACAGGAGAAGUCCCACGAAAAGAGCAACAGGCAACACCAUCUGAAGACAAGCCUCUUGAUAUGGACAGUGUGCUGAAAGAAAUACGUGAAACAUUGAAGGUGGCAUGGCAAAUGCCAGACACUAAGCAAAGAGAGAAAGUAAAGAAACGUUUGUUGUUUAAAUGGCAUCCAGACAAGAAUCAAGGUAAUGAAGAGUUUUGUACCAAAGUAUUUCAGCGGAUACAGAAUUAUAUUGAAAUGUUGGAGAAGGGUCAAAAUAUAGAUCAAGUCCCAGGACAUACUAAUGCAAAGCCAAGAACAGAGAGAUCCAACUGGUUUUAUGAAGAAAUGAACCGCCGGAGCAAACGUCAUCGGCAUGACUAUGAACAUUUCUGGGAUGAUGACGGCGACUCCUUCUCUCAUGGCUUUCACUCCCGGUCAGGCGGGUCAUCAUUCAGGGCUCAUCAUAGAGAGAAACCUAAUCCUCAGCCUGAAGAGGCCAGGAGGUGGAUGAGACAAGCACGGGAGGAUCUGAGAGUGGCAAGAGAGACCAUGCAUACAUUAUCUGCCUACAACUGGAGCUGCUUCCAGUGCUACAUGGCGUGUGAUAAGGCAGUCAAGGCCCUUCUGUACUACAGAGACGCAAAGGAAGGAGAUGAGCAGAGGACACAUGAUCUCUCCUUGGUGGUGUACAAACUGAAGGACAAGAGCAUGCGAGACAUGGUUUACAAACUGCUGAGCAUUGUACAGAAUACCAGCCAUGCACAGUACCCAAAGAAACUGAAGUUCCCUUACAUACCAGCAGAGACAUUUUCCCAUACAAAUGCAAGGGAGGCUUGUGAUAUAUCGGAACGUGUUCUCCAGAGAGCGGGUGAGCUCAUUGGUUGAAAAAGGGAAGACAUAUGUUUAAAGCAUUAAGGACAUCAUGAACAUUGACCGAAUACACCCUAGACCUGAAUGACAUUUGAUAAUAGGUUUACAGUGAUACAUGACAAAUUAUGUAUGGAAGAUGUUUGUUUGUGUGUCUAAUGUGAACAUACAUGAUUUUAUCAUGGCCUUAAAUAAGCUGUAUUUGAAAGAGUCCAUUUAUGUGUUUCUGGCUCAAACCUAAAGCAAGUAUGUAUAAAUCUAUGCACAUAAUGAUCAUAUUGUCAGAAAUUAAAAUGAAUAGGACGAACAUUGUAGAACAAUGUAUAUGUAUCUAUGCCCAUACCAAGUGGAUUUCACACACCUGCCCUGCGGUGGAUAUGAUAUUUCCUUGUUUCUUCUAUGUAUUUUAACUCAUGAUUUCAAUGUGUUUGUUUUAAACAGUAGUUUCUUCCAAUGUGCUUUUUUUGUGUGUGAGUGGACUUGAUAACCAUCUGUACAUUUUCGUACAACAUCAUAAAAUCGCCUCUCACUUAAAUACUUGAAUAUAUUGAACAUAUUUAUUGAAACUUUUCAGCACUGUAAAUAGCCAUGUAUAUAACUUGUAUUUGAGAGGCCAACUUGUAGUAGUGAUUGGGGAUAUAUUCUGUUUCACAUAGCAAUUUGGACAAAACAAAUCCUGCUAAUAAAGCAGUGAGAAGACUUCAUCAUAACCCUGUAUAUAUAAUGAAUGAUGCUGUAUUUUGUAGUUUGAAGGUUGAACUCUGCUAUUGGUAGAGAUUGAUUUGAUUAUGUCACUUCUAUUGCAUACAGCGACACGCAUGCUGCAUUUUAAGUGGAUUUUCGGAAUUGAUUUUCAUCUUUAUAAAAGUGAAUGGUGUUGAUAAGGUGCACUUGAAUCAACCCUGAAAUGUGUAAUUGAAUAUUGCUGAACGAUUAAGAAUUGUACAUAUUUUGUAGAUGAGAUAUAUUAUUUCUGUAGGAGAUAUUAGCCACACUUUCUGUUAUGUGAAUUGAGCUUAAUAUGGACAUAAACCUAGGCAGGAAAAAAAUAAUCUAGAAAUUUACUUUUUUGUAAUGUCCUUAUGUCCUUAAAGGCUGACUCUGUUCAGAAUGACAGAGAGAGGUAUCAAGAUAUCAGACAUGUCCUUAUAUUUACAUUCACAAGAUAUGUUAUGGGGUUGAGUUUUAGAGUGAGUGAAAGCUGUCUGUUGUUAUGGAUGCAUGCUAUACCGAUGGAAGGUGAUACGGGAGCAGUAGUACAAUGUAUAUGUAUCUAUGCCCAUACCAAGUGGAUUUCACACACCUGACCUGAAGUGGAUAUGAUAUUUCCUUGUUUCUUCUAUGUAUUUUAACUCAUGAUUUCAAUGUGUUUGUUUUAAAACAGUAAUUUCUUCCAAUGUGCCUUUUUUGUGUGUGAGUGGACUUGAUAACCAUCUGUACAUUUUUGUCACAUGAAUUUACCCAGUACAACAUCAUAAAAUCGCCUCUCACUUAAAUACUUGAAUAUAUUGAACAUAUUUAUUGAAACUUUUCAGCACUGUAAAUAGCCAUGUAUAUAACUUGUAUUUGAGAGGCCAACUUGUAGUAGUGAUUGGGGAUAUAUUCUGUUUCACAUAGCCAUUUGGACAAAACAAAUCCUGCUAAUAAAGCAGUGAGAAGACUUCAUCAUAACCCUGUAUAUUUAAUGAAUGAUGCUGUAAUUUGUAGUUUGAAGGUUGAACUCUGCUAUUGGUAGAGAUUGAUUUGAUUAUGUCACAUCAAAUUGCAUACAGCAACACGCAUGCUGCAUUUUAAGUGAAUUUUCGGAAUUGAUUUUCAUCUUUAUAAAAGUGAAUGGUGUUGAUAAGGUGCACUUGAAUCAACCCUGAAAUGUGUAAUUGAAUAUUGCUGAACAAUUAAGAAUUGUACAUAUUUUGUAGAUGAGAUACAUUAUUUCUGUAGGAGAUAUUAGCCACACUUUCUGUUAUGUGAAUUGAGCUUAAUGUGGACAUAAACCUAGGCAGGAAAAAAAUAAUCUAGAAAUUUACUUUUUUGUAAUGUCCUUAUGUCCUUAAAGGCUGACUCUGUUCAGAAUGACAGAGAGAGGUAUCAAGAUAUCAGACAUGUCCUUAUUUUUACAUUCACAAGAUAUGUUAUGGGGUUGAGUUUUAGAGUGAGUGAAAGCUGUUUGUUGUUAUGGAUGCACGCUAUACCGAUGGAAAGUGAUACGGGAGCAGGUGUUUGGAGAAGUGUAUAGAAUGAAAGUGUGUAGGCCUUGUUAACAUGGGAAUGCUGGGCAUUUUGGACACUGUCCCUACUGCCCUUAAAUCUCUCCAAUUAGUAUGAAAGUACUGUAAUGUAUUAUGAGUGCUACAAACCCUGUAUUUUGUUGCAUUGGUGAGGAUGCCAGAGUAUUAUAUUUUUGUUCAAAUUCUGAUGAAUGGCUACUGAAAAAUAGACUUAUAUUUACAGUGAAAUGAACUGGUAAUAUGUUGUUAAGCCUGAAGUGAACCUGAAGCAAGUAUGCAUAAAUUUAUGUAUAUAAUGAUCAAAUUGUCAGAAAUGAAAAUGACAAACUUUGUUGUAUAAUAUAUAUGUAUCUAUGCCCAUACCAAGUGGAUUUCACACGCCUGACCUGCAGUGGAUAUGAUAUUUCCUUGUUUCUUCUAUGUAUUUUAACUCAUGAUUUCAAUGUGUUUGUUUUAAAACAGUAAUUUCUUCCAAUGUGCCUUUUUUGUGUGUGAGUGGACUUGAUAACCAUCUGUACAUUUUUGUCACAUGAAUUUAUCCAGUACAACAUCAUAAAAUCGCCUCUCACUUAAAUACUUGAAUAUAUUGAACAUAUUUAUUGAAACUUUUCAGCACUGUAAAUAGCCAUGUAUAUAAUUUGUAUUUGAGAGGCCAACUUGUAGUAGUGAUUGGGGAUAUAUUAUGUUUCACAUAGCCAUUUGGACAAAACAAAUCCUGCUAAUAAAGCAGUGAGAAGACUUCAUCAUAAACCCUGUAUAUAUAAUGAAUGAUGCUGUAAUUUGUAGUUUGAAGGUUGAACUCUGCUAUUGGUAGAGAUUGCUUUGAUUAUGUCACUUCUAUUGCAUACAGCAACACGCAUGCUGCAUUUUAAGUGAAUUUUCGGAAUUGAUUUUCAUCUUUAUAAAAGUGAAUGGUGUUGAUAAGGUGCACUUGAAUCAACCCUGAAACGUGUAAUUGAAUAUUGCUGAACAAUUAAGAAUUGUACAUAUUUUGUAGACGAGAUAGUUUAUUUCUGUAGGAGAUAUUAGCCACACUUUCUGUUAUGUGAAUUGAGCUUAAUAUGGACAUAAACCUAGGCAGGAAAAAAAAUAAUCUAGAAAUUUACUUUUUUGUAAUGUCCUUAUGUCCUUAAAGGCUGACUCUGUUCAGAAUGACAGAGAGAGGUAUCAAGAUAUCAGACAUGUCCCUAUUUUUACAUUCAGAACAUAUGUUAUGAGGUUGAGUUUUAGAGUGAGUGAAAGCUGUUUGUUGUUAUGGAUGCAUGCUAUACCGAUGGAAGGUGAUACGGGAGCAGGUGUUUGGAGAAGUGAAACCAAAAGGGAGUAUGUAUAAAUCUAUGCACAUAAUGAUCAUAUUGUCAGAAAUUAAAAUGAAUAGGACAAACUUUGUUGUAUAAUAUAUAUGUAUCUAUGCCCAUACCAAGUGGAUUUCACACACCUGACCUGCAGUGGAUAUGAUAUUUCCUUGUUUCUUCUAUGUAUUUUAACUCAUGAUUCCAAUGUGUUUGUUUUAAAACAGUAGUUUCUUCCAAUGUGCCUUUUGUGUGUGUGAGUGGACUUGAUAACCAUCUGUACAUUUUUGUCACAUGAAUUUAUCCAGUACAACAUCAUAAAAUCGCCUCUCACUUAAAUACUUGAAUAUAUUGAACAUAUUUAUUGAAACUUUUCAGCACUGUAAAUAGCCAUGUAUAUAACUUGUAUUUGAGAGGCCAACCUGUAGUAGUGAUUGGGGAUAUAUUAUGUUUCACAUAGCCACUUGGACAAAACAAAUCCUGCUAAUAAAGCAGUGAGAAGACUUCAUCAUAAACCCUGUAUAUAUAAUGAAUGAUGCUGUAAUUUGUAGUUUGAAGGUUGAACUCUGCUAUUGGUAGAGAUUGCUUUGAUUAUGUCAUUUCUAUUGCAUACAGCAACACGCAUGCUGCAUUUUAAGUGAAUUUUCGGAAUUGAUUUUCAUCUUUAUAAAAGUGAAUGGUGUUGAUAAGGUGCACUUGAAUCAACCCUGAAAUGUGUAAUUGAAUAUUGCUGAAAUAUUAAGAAUUGUACAUAUUUUGUAGACGAGAUAGUUUAUUUCUGUAGGAGAUAUUAGCCACACUUUCUGUUAUGUGAAUUGAGCUUAAUAUGGACAUAAACCUAGGCAGGAAAAAAAAUAAUCUAGAAAUUUACUUUUUUGUAAUGUCCUUAUGUCCUUAAAGGCUGACUCUGUUCAGAAUGACAGAGAGAGGUAUCAAGAUAUCAGACAUGUCCCUAUUUUUACAUUCAGAACAUAUGUUAUGAGGUUGAGUUUUAGAGUGAGUGAAAGCUGUUUGUUGUUAUGGAUGCAUGCUAUACCGAUGGAAGGUGAUACGGGAGCAGGUGUUUGGAGAAGUGAAACCAAAAGGGAGUAUGUAUAAAUCUAUGCACAUAAUGAUCAUAUUGUCAGAAAUUAAAAUGAAUAGGACAAACUUUGUUGUAUAAUAUAUAUGUAUCUAUGCCCAUACCAAGUGGAUUUCACACACCUGACCUGCAGUGGAUAUGAUAUUUCCUUGUUUCUUCUAUGUAUUUUAACUCAUGAUUCCAAUGUGUUUGUUUUAAAACAGUAGUUUCUUCCAAUGUGCCUUUUGUGUGUGUGAGUGGACUUGAUAACCAUCUGUACAUUUUUGUCACAUGAAUUUAUCCAGUACAACAUCAUAAAAUCGCCUCUCACUUAAAUACUUGAAUAUAUUGAACAUAUUUAUUGAAACUUUUCAGCACUGUAAAUAGCCAUGUAUAUAACUUGUAUUUGAGAGGCCAACCUGUAGUAGUGAUUGGGGAUAUAUUAUGUUUCACAUAGCCACUUGGACAAAACAAAUCCUGCUAAUAAAGCAGUGAGAAGACUUCAUCAUAAACCCUGUAUAUAUAAUGAAUGAUGCUGUAAUUUGUAGUUUGAAGGUUGAACUCUGCUAUUGGUAGAGAUUGCUUUGAUUAUGUCAUUUCUAUUGCAUACAGCAACACGCAUGCUGCAUUUUAAGUGAAUUUUCGGAAUUGAUUUUCAUCUUUAUAAAAGUGAAUGGUGUUGAUAAGGUGCACUUGAAUCAACCCUGAAAUGUGUAAUUGAAUAUUGCUGAACAAUUAAGAAUUGUACAUAUUUUGUAGACGAGAUACAUUAUUUCUGUAGGAGAUAUUCCAAAGAUAAUCUAGAAAUUUACUUUUUUGUAAUGUCCUUAUGUCCUUAAAGGCUGACUCUGUUCAGAAUGACAGAGAGAGGUAUCAAGAUAUCAGACAUGUCCCUAUUUUUACAUUCAGAACAUAUGUUAUGAGGUUGAGUUUUAGAGUGAGUGAAAGCUGUUUGUUGUUAUGGAUGCAUGCUAUACCGAUGGAAGGUGAUACGGGAGCAGGUGUUUGGAGAAGUGAAACCAAAAGGGAGUAUGUAUAAAUCUAUGCACAUAAUGAUCAUAUUGUCAGAAAUUAAAAUGAAUAGGACAAACUUUGUUGUGUAAUAUAUAUGUAUCUAUGCCCAUACCAAGUGGAUUUCACACACCUGACCUGCAGUGGAUAUGAUAUUUCCUUGUUUCUUCUAUGUAUUUUAACUCAUGAUUCCAAUGUGUUUGUUUUAAAACAGUAGUUUCUUCCAAUGUGCCUUUUGUGUGUGUGAGUGGACUUGAUAACCAUCUGUACAUUUUUGUCACAUGAAUUUAUCCAGUACAACAUCAUAAAAUCGCCUCUCACUUAAAUACUUGAAUAUAUUGAACAUAUUUAUUGAAACUUUUCAGCACUGUAAAUAGCCAUGUAUAUAACUUGUAUUUGAGAGGCCAACCUGUAGUAGUGAUUGGGGAUAUAUUAUGUUUCACAUAGCCACUUGGACAAAACAAAUCCUGCUAAUAAAGCAGUGAGAAGACUUCAUCAUAAACCCUGUAUAUAUAAUGAAUGAUGCUGUAAUUUGUAGUUUGAAGGUUGAACUCUGCUAUUGGUAGAGAUUGCUUUGAUUAUGUCAUUUCUAUUGCAUACAGCAACACGCAUGCUGCAUUUUAAGUGAAUUUUCGGAAUUGAUUUUCAUCUUUAUAAAAGUGAAUGGUGUUGAUAAGGUGCACUUGAAUCAACCCUGAAAUGUGUAAUUGAAUAUUGCUGAAAUAUUAAGAAUUGUACAUAUUUUGUAGACGAGAUAGUUUAUUUCUGUAGGAGAUAUUAGCCACACUUUCUGUUAUGUGAAUUGAGCUUAAUAUGGACAUAAACCUAGGCAGGAAAAAAAAUAAUCUAGAAAUUUACUUUUUUGUAAUGUCCUUAUGUCCUUAAAGGCUGACUCUGUUCAGAAUGACAGAGAGAGGUAUCAAGAUAUCAGACAUGUCCCUAUUUUUACAUUCAGAACAUAUGUUAUGAGGUUGAGUUUUAGAGUGAGUGAAAGCUGUUUGUUGUUAUGGAUGCAUGCUAUACCGAUGGAAGGUGAUACGGGAGCAGGUGUUUGGAGAAGUGAAACCAAAAGGGAGUAUGUAUAAAUCUAUGCACAUAAUGAUCAUAUUGUCAGAAAUUAAAAUGAAUAGGACAAACUUUGUUGUAUAAUAUAUAUGUAUCUAUGCCCAUACCAAGUGGAUUUCACACACCUGACCUGCAGUGGAUAUGAUAUUUCCUUGUUUCUUCUAUGUAUUUUAACUCAUGAUUCCAAUGUGUUUGUUUUAAAACAGUAGUUUCUUCCAAUGUGCCUUUUGUGUGUGUGAGUGGACUUGAUAACCAUCUGUACAUUUUUGUCACAUGAAUUUAUCCAGUACAACAUCAUAAAAUCGCCUCUCACUUAAAUACUUGAAUAUAUUGAACAUAUUUAUUGAAACUUUUCAGCACUGUAAAUAGCCAUGUAUAUAACUUGUAUUUGAGAGGCCAACCUGUAGUAGUGAUUGGGGAUAUAUUAUGUUUCACAUAGCCACUUGGACAAAACAAAUCCUGCUAAUAAAGCAGUGAGAAGACUUCAUCAUAAACCCUGUAUAUAUAAUGAAUGAUGCUGUAAUUUGUAGUUUGAAGGUUGAACUCUGCUAUUGGUAGAGAUUGCUUUGAUUAUGUCAUUUCUAUUGCAUACAGCAACACGCAUGCUGCAUUUUAAGUGAAUUUUCGGAAUUGAUUUUCAUCUUUAUAAAAGUGAAUGGUGUUGAUAAGGUGCACUUGAAUCAACCCUGAAAUGUGUAAUUGAAUAUUGCUGAACAAUUAAGAAUUGUACAUAUUUUGUAGACGAGAUACAUUAUUUCUGUAGGAGAUAUUCCAAAGAUAAUCUAGAAAUUUACUUUUUUGUAAUGUCCUUAUGUCCUUAAAGGCUGACUCUGUUCAGAAUGACAGAGAGAGGUAUCAAGAUAUCAGACAUGUCCCUAUUUUUACAUUCAGAACAUAUGUUAUGAGGUUGAGUUUUAGAGUGAGUGAAAGCUGUUUGUUGUUAUGGAUGCAUGCUAUACCGAUGGAAGGUGAUACGGGAGCAGGUGUUUGGAGAAGUGAAACCAAAAGGGAGUAUGUAUAAAUCUAUGCACAUAAUGAUCAUAUUGUCAGAAAUUAAAAUGAAUAGGACAAACUUUGUUGUGUAAUAUAUAUGUAUCUAUGCCCAUACCAAGUGGAUUUCACACACCUGACCUGCAGUGGAUAUGAUAUUUCCUUGUUUCUUCUAUGUAUUUUAACUCAUGAUUCCAAUGUGUUUGUUUUAAAACAGUAGUUUCUUCCAAUGUGCCUUUUGUGUGUGUGAGUGGACUUGAUAACCAUCUGUACAUUUUUGUCACAUGAAUUUAUCCAGUACAACAUCAUAAAAUCGCCUCUCACUUAAAUACUUGAAUAUAUUGAACAUAUUUAUUGAAACUUUUCAGCACUGUAAAUAGCCAUGUAUAUAACUUGUAUUUGAGAGGCCAACUUGUAGUAGUGAUUGGGGAUAUAUUAUGUUUCACAUAGCCACUUGGACAAAACAAAUCCUGCUAAUAAAGCAGUGAGAAGACUUCAUCAUAAACCCUGUAUAUAUAAUGAAUGAUGCUGUAAUUUGUAGUUUGAAGGUUGAACUCUGCUAUUGGUAGAGAUUGCUUUGAUUAUGUCAUUUCUAUUGCAUACAGCAACACGCAUGCUGCAUUUUAAGUGAAUUUUCGGAAUUGAUUUUCAUCUUUAUAAAAGUGAAUGGUGUUGAUAAGGUGCACUUGAAUCAACCCUGAAAUGUGUAAUUGAAUAUUGCUGAACAAUUAAGAAUUGUACAUAUUUUGUAGACGAGAUACAUUAUUUCUGUAGGAGAUAUUCUAAAGAUAAUCUAGAAAUUUACUUUUUUGUAAUGUCCUUAUGUCCUUAAAGGCUGACUCUGUUCAGAAUGACAGAGAGAGGUAUCAAGAUAUCAGACAUGUCCCUAUUUUUACAUUCAGAACAUAUGUUAUGAGGUUGAGUUUUAGAGUGAGUGAAAGCUGUUUGUUGUUAUGGAUGCAUGCUAUACCGAUGGAAGGUGAUACGGGAGCAGGUGUUUGGAGAAGUGAAACCAAAAGGGAGUAUGUAUAAAUCUAUGCACAUAAUGAUCAUAUUGUCAGAAAUUAAAAUGAAUUGGACAAACUUUGUUGUAUAAUAUAUAUGUAUCUAUGCCCAUACCAAGUGGAUUUCACACACCUGACCUGAAGUGGAUAUGAUAUUUCCUUGUUUCUUCUAUGUAUUUUAACUCAUGAUUCCAAUGUGUUUGUUUUAAAACAGUAGUUUCUUCCAAUGUGCCUUUUGUGUGUGUGAGUGGACUUGAUAACCACCUGUACAUUUUUGUCACAUGAAUUUAUCCAGUACAACAUCAUAAAAUCGCCUCUCACUUAAAUACUUGAAUAUAUUGAACAUAUUUAUUGAAACUUUUCAGCACUGUAAAUAGCCAUGUAUAUAACUUGUAUUUGAGAGGCCAACUUGUAGUAGUGAUUGGGGAUAUAUUAUGUUUCACAUAGCCACUUGGACAAAACAAAUCCUGCUAAUAAAGCAGUGAGAAGACUUCAUCAUAAACCCUGUAUAUAUAAUGAAUGAUGCUGUAAUUUGUAGUUUGAAGGUUGAACUCUGCUAUUGGUAGAGAUUGCUUUGAUUAUGUCAUUUCUAUUGCAUACAGCAACACGCAUGCUGCAUUUUAAGUGAAUUUUCGGAAUUGAUUUUCAUCUUUAUAAAAGUGAAUGGUGUUGAUAAGGUGCACUUGAAUCAACCCUGAAAUGUGUAAUUGAAUAUUGCUGAACAAUUAAGAAUUGUACAUAUUUUGUAGACGAGAUACAUUAUUUCUGUAGGAGAUAUUCUAAAGAUAAUCUAGAAAUUUACUUAUUUGUAAUGUCCUUAUGUCCUUAAAGGCUGACUCUGUUCAGAAUGACAGAGAGAGGUAUCAAGAUAUCAGACAUGUCCCUAUUUUUACAUUCAGAACAUAUGUUAUGAGGUUGAGUUUUAGAGUGAGUGAAAGCUGUUUGUUGUUAUGGAUGCAUGCUAUACCGAUGGAAGGUGAUACGGGAGCAGGUGUUUGGAGAAGUGAAACCAAAAGGGAGUAUGUAUAAAUCUAUGCACAUAAUGAUCAUAUUGUCAGAAAUUAAAAUGAAUUGGACAAACUUUGUUGUAUAAUAUAUAUGUAUCUAUGCCCAUACCAAGUGGAUUUCACACACCUGACCUGAAGUGGAUAUGAUAUUUCCUUGUUUCUUCUAUGUAUUUUAACUCAUGAUUCCAAUGUGUUUGUUUUAAAACAGUAGUUUCUUCCAAUGUGCCUUUUGUGUGUGUGAGUGGACUUGAUAACCACCUGUACAUUUUUGUCACAUGAAUUUAUCCAGUACAACAUCAUAAAAUCGCCUCUCACUUAAAUACUUGAAUAUAUUGAACAUAUUUAUUGAAACUUUUCAGCACUGUAAAUAGCCAUGUAUAUAACUUGUAUUUGAGAGGCCAACUUGUAGUAGUGAUUGGGGAUAUAUUAUGUUUCACAUAGCCACUUGGACAAAACAAAUCCUGCUAAUAAAGCAGUGAGAAGACUUCAUCAUAAACCCUGUAUAUAUAAUGAAUGAUGCUGUAAUUUGUAGUUUGAAGGUUGAACUCUGCUAUUGGUAGAGAUUGCUUUGAUUAUGUCAUUUCUAUUGCAUACAGCAACACGCAUGCUGCAUUUUAAGUGAAUUUUCGGAAUUGAUUUUCAUCUUUAUAAAAGUGAAUGGUGUUGAUAAGGUGCACUUGAAUCAACCCUGAAAUGUGUAAUUGAAUAUUGCUGAACAAUUAAGAAUUGUACAUAUUUUGUAGACGAGAUACAUUAUUUCUGUAGGAGAUAUUCUAAAGAUAAUCUAGAAAUUUACUUAUUUGUAAUGUCCUUAUGUCCUUAAAGGCUGACUCUGUUCAGAAUGACAGAGAGAGGUAUCAAGAUAUCAGACAUGUCCCUAUUUUUACAUUCAGAACAUAUGUUAUGAGGUUGAGUUUUAGAGUGAGUGAAAGCUGUUUGUUGUUAUGGAUGCAUGCUAUACCGAUGGAAGGUGAUACGGGAGCAGGUGUUUGGAGAAGUGAAACCAAAAGGGAGUAUGUAUAAAUCUAUGCACAUAAUGAUCAUAUUGUCAGAAAUUAAAAUGAAUUGGACAAACUUUGUUGUAUAAUAUAUAUGUAUCUAUGCCCAUACCAAGUGGAUUUCACACACCUGACCUGAAGUGGAUAUGAUAUUUCCUUGUUUCUUCUAUGUAUUUUAACUCAUGAUUCCAAUGUGUUUGUUUUAAAACAGUAGUUUCUUCCAAUGUGCCUUUUGUGUGUGUGAGUGGACUUGAUAACCAUCUGUACAUUUUUGUCACAUGAAUUUAUCCAGUACAACAUCAUAAAAUCGCCUCUCACUUAAAUACUUGAAUAUAUUGAACAUAUUUAUUGAAACUUUUCAGCACUGUAAAUAGCCAUGUAUAUAACUUGUAUUUGAGAGGCCAACUUGUAGUAGUGAUUGGGGAUAUAUUAUGUUUCACAUAGCCACUUGGACAAAACAAAUCCUGCUAAUAAAGCAGUGAGAAGACUUCAUCAUAAACCCUGUAUAUAUAAUGAAUGAUGCUGUAAUUUGUAGUUUGAAGGUUGAACUCUGCUAUUGGUAGAGAUUGCUUUGAUUAUGUCAUUUCUAUUGCAUACAGCAACACGCAUGCUGCAUUUUAAGUGAAUUUUCGGAAUUGAUUUUCAUCUUUAUAAAAGUGAAUGGUGUUGAUAAGGUGCACUUGAAUCAACCCUGAAAUGUGUAAUUGAAUAUUGCUGAACAAUUAAGAAUUGUACAUAUUUUGUAGACGAGAUACAUUAUUUCUGUAGGAGAUAUUCUAAAGAUAAUCUAGAAAUUUACUUUUUUGUAAUGUCCUUAUGUCCUUAAAGGCUGACUCUGUUCAGAAUGACAGAGAGAGGUAUCAAGAUAUCAGACAUGUCCCUAUUUUUACAUUCAGAACAUAUGUUAUGAGGUUGAGUUUUAGAGUGAGUGAAAGCUGUUUGUUGUUAUGGAUGCAUGCUAUACCGAUGGAAGGUGAUACGGGAGCAGGUGUUUGGAGAAGUGAAACCAAAAGGGAGUAUGUAUAAAUCUAUGCACAUAAUGAUCAUAUUGUCAGAAAUUAAAAUGAAUUGGACAAACUUUGUUGUAUAAUAUAUAUGUAUCUAUGCCCAUACCAAGUGGAUUUCACACACCUGACCUGAAGUGGAUAUGAUAUUUCCUUGUUUCUUCUAUGUAUUUUAACUCAUGAUUCCAAUGUGUUUGUUUUAAAACAGUAGUUUCUUCCAAUGUGCCUUUUGUGUGUGUGAGUGGACUUGAUAACCAUCUGUACAUUUUUGUCACAUGAAUUUAUCCAGUACAACAUCAUAAAAUCGCCUCUCACUUAAAUACUUGAAUAUAUUGAACAUAUUUAUUGAAACUUUUCAGCACUGUAAAUAGCCAUGUAUAUAACUUGUAUUUGAGAGGCCAACUUGUAGUAGUGAUUGGGGAUAUAUUAUGUUUCACAUAGCCACUUGGACAAAACAAAUCCUGCUAAUAAAGCAGUGAGAAGACUUCAUCAUAAACCCUGUAUAUAUAAUGAAUGAUGCUGUAAUUUGUAGUUUGAAGGUUGAACUCUGCUAUUGGUAGAGAUUGCUUUGAUUAUGUCAUUUCUAUUGCAUACAGCAACACGCAUGCUGCAUUUUAAGUGAAUUUUCGGAAUUGAUUUUCAUCUUUAUAAAAGUGAAUGGUGUUGAUAAGGUGCACUUGAAUCAACCCUGAAAUGUGUAAUUGAAUAUUGCUGAACAAUUAAGAAUUGUACAUAUUUUGUAGACGAGAUACAUUAUUUCUGUAGGAGAUAUUCUAAAGAUAAUCUAGAAAUUUACUUUUUUGUAAUGUCCUUAUGUCCUUAAAGGCUGACUCUGUUCAGAAUGACAGAGAGAGGUAUCAAGAUAUCAGACAUGUCCCUAUUUUUACAUUCAGAACAUAUGUUAUGAGGUUGAGUUUUAGAGUGAGUGAAAGCUGUUUGUUGUUAUGGAUGCAUGCUAUACCGAUGGAAGGUGAUACGGGAGCAGGUGUUUGGAGAAGUGAAACCAAAAGGGAGUAUGUAUAAAUCUAUGCACAUAAUGAUCAUAUUGUCAGAAAUUAAAAUGAAUUGGACAAACUUUGUUGUAUAAUAUAUAUGUAUCUAUGCCCAUACCAAGUGGAUUUCACACACCUGACCUGAAGUGGAUAUGAUAUUUCCUUGUUUCUUCUAUGUAUUUUAACUCAUGAUUCCAAUGUGUUUGUUUUAAAACAGUAGUUUCUUCCAAUGUGCCUUUUGUGUGUGUGAGUGGACUUGAUAACCAUCUGUACAUUUUUGUCACAUGAAUUUAUCCAGUACAACAUCAUAAAAUCGCCUCUCACUUAAAUACUUGAAUAUAUUGAACAUAUUUAUUGAAACUUUUCAGCACUGUAAAUAGCCAUGUAUAUAACUUGUAUUUGAGAGGCCAACUUGUAGUAGUGAUUGGGGAUAUAUUAUGUUUCACAUAGCCACUUGGACAAAACAAAUCCUGCUAAUAAAGCAGUGAGAAGACUUCAUCAUAAACCCUGUAUAUAUAAUGAAUGAUGCUGUAAUUUGUAGUUUGAAGGUUGAACUCUGCUAUUGGUAGAGAUUGCUUUGAUUAUGUCAUUUCUAUUGCAUACAGCAACACGCAUGCUGCAUUUUAAGUGAAUUUUCGGAAUUGAUUUUCAUCUUUAUAAAAGUGAAUGGUGUUGAUAAGGUGCACUUGAAUCAACCCUGAAAUGUGUAAUUGAAUAUUGCUGAACAAUUAAGAAUUGUACAUAUUUUGUAGACGAGAUACAUUAUUUCUGUAGGAGAUAUUCUAAAGAUAAUCUAGAAAUUUACUUUUUUGUAAUGUCCUUAUGUCCUUAAAGGCUGACUCUGUUCAGAAUGACAGAGAGAGGUAUCAAGAUAUCAGACAUGUCCCUAUUUUUACAUUCAGAACAUAUGUUAUGAGGUUGAGUUUUAGAGUGAGUGAAAGCUGUUUGUUGUUAUGGAUGCAUGCUAUACCGAUGGAAGGUGAUACGGGAGCAGGUGUUUGGAGAAGUGAAACCAAAAGGGAGUAUGUAUAAAUCUAUGCACAUAAUGAUCAUAUUGUCAGAAAUUAAAAUGAAUAGGACAAACUUUGUUGUAUAAUAUAUAUGUAUCUAUGCCCAUACCAAGUGGAUUUCACACACCUGACCUGAAGUGGAUAUGAUAUUUCCUUGUUUCUUCUAUGUAUUUUAACUCAUGAUUCCAAUGUGUUUGUUUUAAAACAGUAGUUUCUUCCAAUGUGCCUUUUGUGUGUGUGAGUGGACUUGAUAACCAUCUGUACAUUUUUGUCACAUGAAUUUAUCCAGUACAACAUCAUAAAAUCGCCUCUCACUUAAAUACUUGAAUAUAUUGAACAUAUUUAUUGAAACUUUUCAGCACUGUAAAUAGCCAUGUAUAUAACUUGUAUUUGAGAGGCCAACUUGUAGUAGUGAUUGGGGAUAUAUUAUGUUUCACAUAGCCACUUGGACAAAACAAAUCCUGCUAAUAAAGCAGUGAGAAGACUUCAUCAUAAACCCUGUAUAUAUAAUGAAUGAUGCUGUAAUUUGUAGUUUGAAGGUUGAACUCUGCUAUUGGUAGAGAUUGCUUUGAUUAUGUCAUUUCUAUUGCAUACAGCAACACGCAUGCUGCAUUUUAAGUGAAUUUUCGGAAUUGAUUUUCAUCUUUAUAAAAGUGAAUGGUGUUGAUAAGGUGCACUUGAAUCAACCCUGAAAUGUGUAAUUGAAUAUUGCUGAACAAUUAAGAAUUGUACAUAUUUUGUAGACGAGAUACAUUAUUUCUGUAGGAGAUAUUCUAAAGAUAAUCUAGAAAUUUACUUAUUUGUAAUGUCCUUAUGUCCUUAAAGGCUGACUCUGUUCAGAAUGACAGAGAGAGGUAUCAAGAUAUCAGACAUGUCCCUAUUUUUACAUUCAGAACAUAUGUUAUGAGGUUGAGUUUUAGAGUGAGUGAAAGCUGUUUGUUGUUAUGGAUGCAUGCUAUACCGAUGGAAGGUGAUACGGGAGCAGGUGUUUGGAGAAGUGAAACCAAAAGGGAGUAUGUAUAAAUCUAUGCACAUAAUGAUCAUAUUGUCAGAAAUUAAAAUGAAUUGGACAAACUUUGUUGUAUAAUAUAUAUGUAUCUAUGCCCAUACCAAGUGGAUUUCACACACCUGACCUGAAGUGGAUAUGAUAUUUCCUUGUUUCUUCUAUGUAUUUUAACUCAUGAUUCCAAUGUGUUUGUUUUAAAACAGUAGUUUCUUCCAAUGUGCCUUUUGUGUGUGUGAGUGGACUUGAUAACCAUCUGUACAUUUUUGUCACAUGAAUUUAUCCAGUACAACAUCAUAAAAUCGCCUCUCACUUAAAUACUUGAAUAUAUUAAACAUAUUUAUUGAAACUUUUCAGCACUGUAAAUAGCCAUGUAUAUAACUUGUAUUUGAGAGGCCAACUUGUAGUAGUGAUUGGGGAUAUAUUAUGUUUCACAUAGCCACUUGGACAAAACAAAUCCUGCUAAUAAAGCAGUGAGAAGACUUCAUCAUAAACCCUGUAUAUAUAAUGAAUGAUGCUGUAAUUUGUAGUUUGAAGGUUGAACUCUGCUAUUGGUAGAGAUUGCUUUGAUUAUGUCAUUUCUAUUGCAUACAGCAACACGCAUGCUGCAUUUUAAGUGAAUUUUCGGAAUUGAUUUUCAUCUUUAUAAAAGUGAAUGGUGUUGAUAAGGUGCACUUGAAUCAACCCUGAAAUGUGUAAUUGAAUAUUGCUGAACAAUUAAGAAUUGUACAUAUUUUGUAGACGAGAUACAUUAUUUCUGUAGGAGAUAUUCUAAAGAUAAUCUAGAAAUUUACUUUUUUGUAAUGUCCUUAUGUCCUUAAAGGCUGACUCUGUUCAGAAUGACAGAGAGAGGUAUCAAGAUAUCAGACAUGUCCCUAUUUUUACAUUCAGAACAUAUGUUAUGAGGUUGAGUUUUAGAGUGAGUGAAAGCUGUUUGUUGUUAUGGAUGCAUGCUAUACCGAUGGAAGGUGAUACGGGAGCAGGUGUUUGGAGAAGUGAAACCAAAAGGGAGUAUGUAUAAAUCUAUGCACAUAAUGAUCAUAUUGUCAGAAAUUAAAAUGAAUAGGACAAACUUUGUUGUAUAAUAUAUAUGUAUCUAUGCCCAUACCAAGUGGAUUUCACACACCUGACCUGAAGUGGAUAUGAUAUUUCCUUGUUUCUUCUAUGUAUUUUAACUCAUGAUUCCAAUGUGUUUGUUUUAAAACAGUAAUUUCUUCCAAUGUGCCUUUUUUGUGUGUGAGUGGACUUGAUAACCAUCUGUACAAUUUUGUCACAUGAAUUUACCCAGUACAACAUCAUAAAAUCGCCUCUCACUUAAAUACUUGAAUAUAUUGAACAUAUUUAUUGAAACUUUUCAGCACUUUUCAGUACUGUAAAUAGCCAUGUAUGUAACUUGCAAUACAUAUCUCAUCUAAAACAUC